AUGGCAGGAAACCCAUUGGGCUCUGCCUUUAAAUCUUUCUGGCAUACUAUGACCAGUUAUGAUCGUCACUCGUCGUAUGAUUCUCCAUAUAGAACUGGCGGGCAUGUUCCUCUCGCACAAAGUCGACAUGAACCUUUAACCUCAGUUGCAACAACAGCUUCAGAAUCACGCGCAGAUUUGAAUUCCCCUUAUUUUGAAGAUGCAGGUCGACAAUCGACAUCUGCACUCAAUGGCAAUGCUUACCCAAGUUCGCCAUUUGCUCCUCCUGCAAGUCCAGGUCCACAAUCCCCAUAUUCACCAGGAAUGAGAUCAUCUACACUUCAGCGACAAUCUACGCAAGAAAAUUUUGAGAAUGUUACACCAGGAGAAAUUCAAUUGCAAGCUUUCCAAGAGGGUCUCCCUCCACCACCACCAGUUGGACACUCUUGGAAGAGAAUCGAUCGAUGGGCCGAGGAUAAUUAUGAAGAAUUAUUCGAUCAACUCUGCGAGGGAUGCACAAACAAUGACUUGAAUGAAUUGGAGCAUCAAUUGGACUGUUCUCUUCCGAUGGAAGUUCGAGAAUCGAUGCAACUUCACGAUGGACAAGAACGUGGUGGUCUACCUACGGGAAUUAUUUUUGGCUCCAUGUUGCUUGACUGUGAAGAAAUUGUACAAGAGUGGGAAAACUGGAAAAAGGUCAACCAGGAAUAUCUUACAGAGUCAUCUUCUUAUAGACCUUCAAUUCCACCAAAGGCAUUAGGUGGUAGCUCAUCUUCGUCAGCGAAGCAACCUGCAAAUGCACAAAAUCCCUACUGGAGACAAGAUUUAUUGGCCCGCCAGGAUUCUCAACCUCCUAAUGCUAUUCAAAAGGUUUACGCUCAUCCCGCUUGGAUUCCUCUCGUUCGAGAUUGGGGUGGAAACAAUUUGGCAGUUGAUUUGGCACCAGGACCAGCUGGUAAAUGGGGUCAAGUUAUUCUAUUUGGUCGCGAUUACGAUUGCAAAUAUGUCGUCGCACGAUCAUGGUCCGCUUUCUUGGCUACUGUCGCAGAUGAUCUCGGCAGUGGUAAAUGGUUUGUGGAUGAAGAAACCAACGAGCUAAAAUUGAAGGAAUUCAAGUCAGGAAAAGUUGAACCUGGUUACUUUGAUAUUUUAAGAUGGAGAAUGGAUCAGAAGUAUGGGCGCAAGAAUGUGCGAAGAAGAUCGGCGCCACCCGUCAAUGGCAAUGGAGGAUCCCCGUCUGGAUCUCCUUACGCAAGCCCAGCUGCCGAAAUUGGUGAGCCACGCGGACGUUCUAUGCAACGUUUCUCAGGAGCUUCACCAAUUCCAAGUCCAAAUCGUCCUGGUUAUGGAAAAUCAAGUCCUUUAGCUCAAGUUGCUGAAGAAGGUUCCGGAUCAGGAAUGAAGGUUAGCACCAUAGAUAUUCCCGCUACGAAACUUGUCGAUGUCCAAACCCCAAGACCAAGUGAGGAAAACAAAUCUUCGGACCGACCAUUUAUAGAAUCCGAAUCAUCUAACGAGAACAAAGAAAAUGAAAAGGCUGGUGAAAAAGUUACAGGAUUGGGACUAGUCUCAGGAACUUCUGAGAAGGAAACCCAUGCUGAUGAUGAAUCUGCGAUGAAGACAAUUGAAAUCUAA